AUGGAACAACUGAAGAGAGAUGUGCAAUUUAAUCCAUUAACAACAGCCAAUUUUUUUUCACGGGUGUUUUUCUGUUGGGUAACCCCUUUAUUCAGUAUUGGAAAUAAGCGGAGGCUAGAGGAAGAUGACAUGUACCAAGUACUUCCCGAUGAUGCUUCUCAGGGCCUGGGAGAGGAACUACAGAGACAUUGGGAUAAGGAGGUUCAAAUGGCUGCCAAGGAACUGCGGAUGCCCAAACUCACCAAAGCCAUCGUGAAGUGCUAUGGGAAACCCUACGCAGUGCUGGGGAUCUUUAGUUUCACUGUAGAGGUGGUUAAGGUGAUCCAGCCAGUGUUCUUGGGAAAGCUGAUCCAAUACUUUGAGAAGUACGAUCCUGAUAAUAUGGACGCACUCUAUGAGGCCUUUGGCUACGCUGCUGGUGUCUCUCUGUCCACCGUUGCACUGACCGUCCUCCAAAGUCUCUACUUCUACCACGUCCUGAGGACCGGCAUGAAGAUACGAGUGGCCAUGUGUCACAUGAUCUACAAGAAGGCCCUGUGUCUCAGCAGUGCAGCAAUGGGAAGAACAACCACGGGCCAAAUAGUGAACCUGCUAUCCAACGAUGUCAACAGGUUUGAUGAGGUGACCACCAAUCUGCACUACCUCUGGAUAGCACCUCUGCAGGCUGUGGUGGUUAUCAUACUCCUGUGGUAUGAGAUUGGCCCGUCGUGCCUGGCAGGCGUGGCUGUCCUUUUGUUCCUUAUGCCACUACAGACCAUGUUUGGAAAGCUCUUUGGCUCCCUCAGGAGUAAAACUGCUGUCCUCACAGACAGUAGAAUACGCACCAUGAAUGAAGUGGUGUCUGGAAUCAGGAUCAUCAAAAUGUAUGCCUGGGAGAAGCCCUUCUCAGCACUCGUCAAUGAAGUCCGAAGGAAAGAAAUCUCCAAGAUCAUGUCGAGCUCCUUCCUGCGAGGCCUAAACAUGGCCUCCUUCUUUGCGGCCAGUAAGAUCAUCGUCUUCAUCACCUUCGCCGUCUACGUCCUCCUGGGGAACACCAUCUCAGCCAGCCGGGUGUUUGUGGCAGUGUCUCUGUAUGGUGCCAUCAAGCUCACAGUGACCCUCUUCUUCCCACUGGCCAUCGAGAAGGUGUUCGAGACCAUCAUCAGUAUCCGCAGGAUCAAGCAUUUCCUUCUGUUGGAUGAGAUUGUGAGACCCAACAUGAGAUUCACCCUGGAGGAAAAGAAAGAGAUCUCUGUUGAGAUCAAGGACUUAAUUUGCUACUGGGACAAGUGUCUGGAUGCCCCGUCUCUCCAGAACCUGUCACUCACAGUGAAAUCGGAACAACUCGUUGUUGUCAUUGGACCUGUGGGGGCUGGAAAGUCCUCUCUGCUCAGCGCUAUCCUGGGGGAGCUGCCUCAUAACAAGGGGGUGUUGAGGGUCAAAGGUCAGCUGACCUAUGCCUCUCAGCAGCCCUGGGUGUUCCCUGGAACCAUCCGCAGCAACAUCCUGUUUGGCAAAGAGCUCCAUCCUCAGAAGUAUGAGAAGGUCCUGAGAGCCUGCGCCCUCAAGAGGGACAUGGAGCUGUUGCCAGACGGGGACUUGACAUUGAUAGGGGACAGAGGAGCCACCCUCAGUGGGGGACAGAAAGCUAGAGUGAACCUGGCCCGGGCUGUGUACCAGGAUGCUGAUAUCUACCUGCUGGACGACCCUCUAAGUGCUGUGGAUGCUGAGGUUGGGAGACACCUGUUUGAACAGUGUAUCUGUGGUAUUCUGAAGAAUAAGCCCCGCAUCCUGGUCACCCACCAGUUGCAGUACCUCCAAGCAGCCGACCAGAUCCUCGUCCUCAAGGAGGGUCACGUGGUAGCGAGGGGGACAUACUCCGAGCUGCAGCACUCUGGGGUUGACUUCACCUCCCUGCUGAAGAGGGACGAGGAGGAGGAGCCACAAGCCAACAACAAUCACUCAGUGGUCAAACACGCCUUUUCCCAGAACUCAAUUUCCUCCCGGAAUUCAUUGGUCUCCCACACCUCCUCCAUGCACUCUGUUAAAGAUGGAGCUGAACAGCUUCCGGAGGAGCCUGUCCAGACAGUAGCAGAAGAGAGCCGAUCGGAGGGCAACAUCGGCGCCAGCCUAUACUUCAAGUACUUAAACGCAGGAGCCAGCAUCCUGGUUAUGCUGGGCACAGUCCUCCUCAGUCUCAUCGCGGAGGUAGCGUAUGUUCUUCAGGAUUGGUGGCUGGCCUAUUGGGCAGGAGAGCAGGAGAAACUCAAUAUUAACAGCACUGUGAUUGUCCAAAAUGGCCUCAACAUCACUCAAGAAUUGGACCUCAGUUUCUACAUGGGUAUUUAUGCAGGUUUGACUCUGGCCUCAGUCAUCUUUGGCUUUGCCAGGAGUCUGGUGAUGUUCAAUGUGCUGGUGAAAGCUGCUCAGUCUCUGCACAACCGCAUGUUCAACUCUAUCCUCCGGACACCUGUACGCUUCUUUGACAUCAACCCAAUUGGAAGAAUUCUCAACAGGUUCUCUAAGGACAUUGGCCAGCUGGAUUCCAUGUUACCGAUUACCUUUGUUGACUUCAGUCAGUUGAUCCUGCAGAAUAUCGGCGUGGUGGCGGUGGCAGCGGCAGUCAUGCCCUGGAUCCUCAUUCCUGUGGUUCCUCUACUCAUCGUCUUCCUGUUCCUGAGGCGCUACUUCCUGCAGACGUCACGGGACGUCAAACGCCUGGAGUCCACCACUCGGAGUCCCGUCUUCUCCCACCUGUCCUCGUCCCUCCAAGGUCUGUGGACGAUCCGAGCCUUCAGAGCCGAGGGGAGAUUCCAGAACACCUUUGACGCUCAUCAGGAUCUGCACACAGAGUCCUGGUUCCUGUUCCUGGUCACCUCUCGCUGGUUCGCUCUCCGACUGGAUGGAAUCUGCGCGGCCUUUGUCACUGUCACCGCCUUCGGCUGCCUCUUCCUCAGAGAUGGGCUGGAGGCAGGAGCUGUGGGUUUGGUGUUGUCCUAUGCUGUGACCCUUCUUGGGAACUUCCAAUGGACCAUUCGUCAGAGUGCAGAGAUGGAGAACAUGAUGACAUCAGUAGAGAGGGUGGUGGAGUACACAGAGCUGGAGAGUGAAGCACCCUGGGAAACCCAGAAACAUCCUCCUCCUGAGUGGCCAAGCCAAGGCCUCAUCACCUUUGACCGGGUCAGCUUCUCCUACAGCUCAGACGGACCUGUGGUCCUGAAGGACAUGAAGGCCAUGUUCAGGCCCAAAGAGAAGGUUGGCAUCGUGGGCAGGACGGGUGCGGGAAAAAGCUCCCUGGUAUCGGCGCUCUUCCGCCUGGCAGAGCCAGAGGGCAGGAUCUACAUCGAUGGAGUUCUGACCUCUGAGAUCGGCCUUCAUGACCUGCGCCAGAAGAUGUCCAUCAUACCUCAGGACCCAGUGCUUUUCACCGGCACCAUGAGGAAGAACCUGGACCCUUUCAACCAGCACACAGACGAGGACCUGUGGAACGCUCUCCAAGAGGUCCAGCUGAAGUCUGUUGUGGAGGAGCUGCCCAAUAAGAUGGAGACGGUUCUGGCCGAGUCGGGCUCCAACUUCAGUGUGGGUCAGAGGCAGCUGGUCUGUCUGGCCCGAGCUGUCCUGAGGAAGAACCGCAUCCUCAUCAUCGACGAGGCUACGGCCAACGUGGACCCCAGAACAGACGAGCUGAUCCAGAAGACAAUACGAGACAAAUUCAGGCAGUGCACCGUGCUCACCAUCGCCCACCGCCUCAACACCAUCAUAGACAGUGACCGCAUUCUGGUGCUAGGAGCUGGUAUCAUCCAGGAGUUUGACGAGCCGUACGUCCUGCUUCAGAACCAGGAAAGUGCCCUCUACAGGACAGUCCAGCAGAUGGGCAAGGCUGAGGCAGCUGCCCUGCUUGAAUCAGCCAAACAGGCGUAUAUGAACAACGACAACAGCCAUGGUCCAAAAAUGGCCAUGGCCUUCUUUGAGACUGUUGUGUGA